CUCAUAAAAAAAUAACUCGGCAGCCGCAAACCCUGCGGGGUGCGGGCCGCGCGUCCCCUGACGCAUCCGCACUGGUCUCGGCGCAGCCGUCCGAUCAGAUCGCAGGCUCUCAGCACCCCUCAUCUGCGCCGCACUCAGCGCUAUUACUUUACUAGUAUACAGUAGUACCAAAAAAAAAAAUCACCUUGCUCACGCGCGCUCUGCCCCGCUUGCUAUAUCCUCCUAGAGCCCAGCCAAAUCCCCCGACGUCCUCCUGUUCAUCUCCUCUUCUCCCUCUCCUCCUCCUCCUCCUCCUCGUCCCCCUUCCUCGGGUUGGAAAUUGGAAUGGAGGCGGCGACGAUGGCGUGGACGGCGGCGGUGGUCGGGGCGGGGCUGGUGUACUGGUUCGUGUGGGUGAUGGGCGCGGCGGAGGUGAAGGGCAAGCGGGCGGUGGAUCUCAAGAUGGGAUCCAUCACGCGGGACAAGGUGCAGGACAAGUACACCCAGUACUGGUCCUUCUUCCGCCGCCCCAAGGAGACGGCCACCACGGCGGCGUCGGCGGAGAAGGUGCCGGCCUUCGUGGACACCUUCUACAACCUGGUGACCGACAUCUACGAGUGGGGCUGGGGCCAGUCGUUCCACUUCUCGCCGUCCCUGCCCGGCCGCUCCCACCGCGACGCCACGCGCGUCCACGAGGAGCGCGUGGCCGACCUCCUCGGCGCCCGGCCGGGCCACCGCCUCCUCGACGUGGGCUGCGGCGUCGGCGGGCCCAUGCGCGCCAUCGCCGCGCACUCGGGGUCCGACGUCGUCGGCAUCACCAUCAACGAGUACCAGGUGAAGCGCGCCCGCGCGCACAACCGCAAGGCCGGCCUCGACUCCCCCCGCUGCGAGGUCGUCUGCGGCAACUUCCUCUCCAUGCCCUUCCCGGACGCGUCCUUCGACGGCGCCUACUCCAUCGAGGCCACCUGCCACGCGCCCAGGCUGCAGGACGUCUACGGCGAGGUCUACCGCGUGCUCAAGCCGGGGCGCCUCUACGUCUCCUACGAGUGGGUCACCACCCCGCUGUACCACGCCGAGGACCCGGGCCACGUCGAGUGCGUCCACGGCAUCGAGCGCGGCGACGCGCUCCCGGGGCUCCGCCGCCAGGACGAGAUCGCGGCCAUCGCCAAGGAGGCCGGCUUCGAGGUGCUCAAGGAGCAGGACCUGGCGCUGCCCCCCGCGCUGCCCUGGUGGACGCGCCUCAAGAUGGGCCGCAUCGCCUACUGGCGCAACUCCAUCGUCGUCCGCGUGCUCACCCUGCUCCGGAUCGCGCCCAAGGGCGUCUCCGAGGUGCACGAGAUGCUGUACGAGACCGCGCAGCACCUCACCCGCGGCGGCGAGACCGGCAUCUUCACGCCCAUGCACAUGGUGCUCCUCCGCAAGCCGCCCGCCGCCGCAUCCACCGAGGAGGAGGCCAAAUAGUGUUUUAAGAGAAAUAACCUGGCAGAAGCAGCAGCAGAGGUAAGAAGAGCGAGCUACUCGGCGACUUGAACAAGUGAAAACUUCAUCUGUUAGAGAAGAAGAAGAUACUACUAGGAACCAUGCUUGUCUCGUUUACUCUUUUUUUUUCCUUGUCCCCAUUCUUCUUCGUAGCUUUCACUUUUAUUUUUUUUUGUUUUUCUGGUGGACGGAUUAUUCCGUUGGGGACGAGGUCGGGAUUUAAAUUUGCUUGAUCGUGGAGAUCCAUCUAUAAUCUAUCAUCAUCAUAAGCCAUGUUUUGUCUGCUAAGAGU